AUGUCCUCAAACAUAAGUGGAGGCCAUGGUGGAAGCACUGCUGUUGGUGGUGGAAUCGGAACCACUGUCUGCAUGCCUGGGUCAGGCUGCAGCAAUGUAGGCACGUCUCGAUCACGUGGGACCUCACAUUCAUCGUCUGGACCGACCUCGUCUACAAUAUUGCCUGGCCAUUGCUCAGCAGUUAAUUCUUCUUGUAGCUUUGGUUGUAUCUCCAUGUCUUCUCUGCCCUUUGGUAUCUCACCAUUAACUGGCUCAGUUCCAGGGCCCAAUACCAUUCUCACAGGGACCGGUAUUCAACUCUCUCCCUUGCCUUCAUGUUCAUCUCCUGCCGUCUUGACUACAUCUCUUAGUUCGAAUUCCGGAACUGAGGCUAACGUAUCUGCAGAUAAGCCUAGCUUUUGCUCUCUGGCUACCAGCACUACCGACCACUGUCAUUUACUUGCUAUUCCGGCUUCUAGUAGUUGCGGAAUUGGUGUUGCUGGAAUCGGGACCUCACCAGCAUGCUCUGGAUCCUUGGGAAGUGGUAAGGUGUUUGAGAGACGCACUCGCGCCCAAUUCGAAAAGCAUCAUCAUCACUACCCUAAUAGCAACAGCACUAUUAACAACAACAACCAAAGUCAUCAUCAACACCAGCAGAUACAUCAGCUGGGCCCUGGCGUUGGUGAGAUGCCUGCCCGCCCAUGCGUUCCGUUUAUCGCGAUUGGGCUCACAAAUAGGCUGAUCCAUUUUGAGUUGCGCCAUCCAGAUACUGUGGAUUCAGGCAGAGGGACUAUGUUGGUUAACUUUUGGAAGCAUCGUCGGCUAACUGAGAUGGUCGAACGCUACUUGGCUUUCCAGCGUUUGCCUUACGAUUUUGCCCUGGAUUCUAAAGUUCGUGUAAGAUAA